AUGUUUCUUCGUGAGAGAGAAGAUACUAAGGCUAGGAAGAAGAUGAUGAAGAAUUCUUUGAACGUGCAUGUUCGGUCGGUUUGGGCAGGGAAUAUCGACUAUGAGUUCUCCCUCAUCCGCUCUCUUGUUAAGCAGUACCCUUUCGUCGCGAUCGAUACGGAGUUUCCUGGUGUCGUCUUCAAGUCCAAGACCAACCCCUGGUGUCUCUCGUCGGAGAAGAGGUACGCUCUACUGAAGAUGAACGUCGACAACCUUUGCCUCAUCCAGGUGGGUCUCACCCUCUCCGACGCCGACGGCCGACUUCCUGACCUGGGCACGAACGGUGCCGCGCACUUCAUCUGGGAGUUCAACUUCCGAAACUUCGACCUACGAUGCCACGCUCACAAUGCCGACUCCAUAAAGAUGCUACAAGAUCAAGGAGUAAACUUUGCGGCGCUCCGCACCCACGGUGUCGACUUCCGCCACUUCAGAAGGCUAAUCCUGUCGUCAGGCCUCCUCUACAACCCGAACGUGACGUGGAUAACUUUUCAUGGCUCUUCCGACUUCGCGUACGUUAUGAAAACUCUCACCGGCAUCGACCUACCAAUGCAGAUGAAAGACUUCCUCUUAGUGCUCAAGCACUUCUUCGGACCGCGCGCUUACGAUAUGAAGCAUAUGAUAAAAUUCUGCGACGGACUUUACGGAGGGCUCGAGAGCGUGGCUACGCAAUUGCGGGUGGAGCGGAUGGUUGGGAGGAGGCACCAGGCCGGAUCGGAUUCGCUACUGAUGCUGCAGAUCUUUAUGAGAAUGAAACAGGUCUGUUUCGCUGCGGACGACACGCGCAUGGAGAAGCAUAUGGGUGUGAUUUACGAUUUGGAGUUGGAAGAUCCUACAGUGCGUCCUGCUGCUGCAGCACUAGUACAAGGCCCGCUGGAAGUAGUUUUUUGCGGGGUCAACCCGCUAGAAGUAGUUUUUUGCGGGGCAGCGAAUCUGACCGCUGCAGAAAAUAUUUUUGCACAACAACUCCCCGGCCAUAUGAUUCAACAACUUCCACUCCUCCCGCCGAGCCAUAUGGCUCAACAACCUUCAAUCCCGAGCUUUCCCUGGUCGUACUACUUUGGUGCUCCCUUUUAA